UGUUAUUUAUUGUAUGUUGCCAGGCAGCGGAGUUAAUUUGUUUUCGCCGAAUGCAACACUGCCAUCACAAUGUACGUUGAUGCGCACAGUUUCCUAAAUAAAGGGGUCAGCGAAAUUAGUAAACACGAUCCUGCAAUAUCUCUAUGCAAUACAAUUCGCAAUGCAUUAAACCUACAAUAAUAAUCUGCAUAAGGAUUUUACAUUCGCGACAAAACAUUGCCACGACGGUGAUAUUGUAAUGCGAUAGCAGCUUAUUUUACCACGAUUUGGAGAGGAAUUAAAACUUGGAAACUAAGUUAGAUCUGCAGGAGUGCCGCGGUAUUUAAAGCUAUGGUCAUGAUGAUGCAUAGAACAACUGAGAAUCUCCAUUGAGUAUCAUCCAGACAACGAUUCAAACAACUGACCAAAGCACUCUUGUGAACCAGAUUUUUACUUGUAACAUACAACUUUGGGAAUAUAAUCUUGUCAUUGGGAAUUGAUAUAAAGGAACCUAUUAGACGAUUUAUGAACACGAAUGGAAACCCAGAUGCCUGUUACAUCAAUGAGCCUACCCCCAUUGCAGAAUCUACCGCAAUGGCCUAGGGUUCAUACCCUGGAUAAAGCACGCUAUCCCAAGCCAUUCCUUAAAGAUCAAAUUCAGGUAUUGCCAGCCCCUCUUUCCCCGAAAGGUUUCAUGCAAGAUACGCUGAGUGUGGAUGGUACGCUGUCUACAGUAGACGUAGAUCCUCACCAAAGACAGCAGCAUCUUGAGAGAAGCAUUGAAUUCUUGAAGAGACAGCAAAGAGAUGUGCUUAGCAGUCUUCAUGAAGAAAUUGAUGCCCUCAAGAGAGAAAAUAAAGAGCUCCAUUUUAAAGUUAUUAUGAAUGGAACGGAAUCUCCUAACGCAGAUUUAUCAGGCUCACCAUUAAAGUCAGAUGGCAGUAAAAGUGGUUCUCCCUCUCACAAGAAGGACCAGAUGAGAACAGUAAAGGAACUUACAGCCGGGUUACAAGAAGCUAGGAACCUCAAUGCAUAUCUUCAGCAACGACUCAAAGAAACGCUAGAGAAAAGACCCCAGAGUCAAGAGACCGGUCAGCAAACCAGCCCCCAUCAUAGUGCUAUCUCACCCCUCCUACCGGUCAGUCUGAACCCUCUUCAGGUCCAGGCAGCAGGUGACCCUCACCCUAGGCCUCCAACCCUUGAAGAAUGUUCACAGAUCAUCAGGCAUAUGAAAGAUAGCCAUGAGCGACAGGGUCAAGAGUUGAAUAGAAUCAAGUCAGAUCUUAAAGACGUGCUGUAUUCGCACAAGUGGACUCCAGAUGCAUAUCUCAUGGCCAAGGCAUACAUUGCUGAUGAACAGAAUGUAGCUGGGGAUGCUAAACUACCUAAAAUUGCUUUGAGGAAUCCAACAAGAAAAUUGCCAGAAGGUGCCUUCAGUGUGACACGGGACAGCUUCUCGCUACCUCCCCUCACGCACACAAUGGGAAACCGAUAUUCAGACCGACAGAAACGUGUGGAAGCCGUCAAGCGUGCGCGUCAUCGCACAAAGGAUCACAGCUUAUGACGUCAUUCGGAUAUCAAUGCUUCAAUGGACUAGUUAGAACAAACAAUUUCUACACAAAUAGUGAGCUGCUUGUGCACAUGUGAAUGCUAGCGUUUUAUUGAACACUGAAAGGAUUGAGGAGGAAGGAACACCUUUGACAAGUGAUGGCCGAAAACCAGAUGUCCUUGUCAUAAAAAUCAAUCAAUGACAAUAUUGCACUGAAAUCUAUCUACCUGCUAGUCAGAUUAUACGCUGAAUAGAAUUAUGUGUAUAGAGAGCGAGCUUGAUAAUAUAUUGUACAUAUAAAUAGAAAAGUGAUGGAAAGACUUUCCUGUAAUGUAUGUAAAUUUUAUAUACAGAUAACUGUCAUUUUAUAUUUGGUUGUUGCUAGUAUUUUUUUCCUAGAUUUUUCCUCUCUUUAACUAUUUUCAUCAUAUUUUUUUCGCUUCAAGGAAGAUUAAAAACACAAAUUCACAUUUAAUAGAAACUACAAUAAACUUUGGUUAUUCACUAAAGCUGUAUGCCUUGAUGAUAUUGAGAGUAUAUCACAUGAUUUAUACUGGUACAUUUAUGUACCCUUUGAAUAUAGUACAGACUUCUGAAUGAACUUGUUGAUAGAGGUAUUACAAUGUAUAUUUGUCAUGAUAAUGUGCUUCAAAUCAUUUUCUUGCAAGAUUGUUAUUUUUCAAAUAAUGAUUUUGCAUCAUGACUAGUAUUAAGAAUUUACAAGGGACUUUUGUUAAUAUAACUGCCUUUCAUUGCUUUUCAUUCAGAGAUAAGGCACAAUAUAGUAAUAGAGUACUUUAAGGACGAGUUAUGCAUAUACAUAUAUGUAUAUAUUAGAAAAAAUGCUUGAAAGUUGAAUGGUCAAAUUCAGAUUUUUUCCUUGAAAUUCUGAAUGGUUUUGAGGCCUGUGCAAAGUAAAAUGUAUUAGCUAUUACAAUCAGAAGACACUAGUCCAGAUUCUUUCCAUUAGAGUUGACAUUGUUCAAAAGUACUUAUAUGACAAUUGCUCUGAUUUUUGUGCCUGACCUGUACAAAACAUGUCAAUGGGAAGGCUGAUCACAAUUUUGUUAGCAGUGACAGAUUCAAUCUUGUUACAUGGCAUUUAUGUGGUUUAGUGGUAACUGGUGACUCCUAUUGUUUAAUCAGAGGGGUGCAGAUUUAGAUCCCAUCAUUUCACCACCUGUCUUUGGCAAGACAUUUAUCUACAUAUACCUCUCUCAACCCAGGUGUUACAUGGAUUUGUGGAAGAAAGAUGUGAACAUAUAUGUUUUUGGCUUGCAAUUUGUAGAGACUUUGACACUUCAAUGGUCCCCAGGAGUUGAGAUUGUGCAUGCAUCGUGUUUCGGUAAUUUAGAAUUUUUGUCUCACCUGCAAAGCAGAAUGAGACUAUAGGCGCCGCUUUUCCGACGGCGACGGCGUCAAAACCAAA